CUUAUAUAUAAUUCCAGUUUGUAAACAUGGAUACUUCACAGUCAGUUUACCUGAAGCAUGAGGCUUAACUGUUCUCUUAUCAUGGCGUAAGAUCCGGAAAGGUGGUGUCAUGAGAAGGGUAGAUAGUGCCGACGAUCAGAAUGCUGUCACCAACCACCGACGAAGAUCACAUACUCGAGGUCAUGUCGACGGAUGAGCUUCCGCUGGCUGUGCCGGCCAAGGAGGUGAACAAGCAGGCCUGUGGUGGUGCAAGGUGCGGCCUCUCCGACAAAAACAGCCGUUCCGAACACGCUAAGGAGCGGUCCGCCGCCGCGUGGAAGCUCUGGAUUGCCAUGGUCCUUUGCCUCGUCUUCAUGGGAGCAGAAGUCGUCGGAGGGAUCAAGGCCAACAGCCUCGCCGUCCUGACCGACGCCGCCCACCUGCUGUCCGACGUCGUUGCCUUCGGCAUCUCCCUCUUCUCCCUCUGGGCUUCCGGCUGGGAAGCCACUUACCGCCGGAGCUACGGCUUUUUCCGGGUGGAGAUCAUAGGCACCUUGGUCUCCAUACAGCUCAUUUGGCUCAUCACCGGCGUCCUGGUUUAUGAGGCCAUAAACAGGCUCAUACACGGCAACAAGGAGGUUAAUGGCGGUUUGAUGUUCGGUAUUGCAGCAGUAGGCUUGGUUGUGAAUCUGGUCAUGGCUUGCUUGUUAGGACACAGCCACGGACAUGGCCAUGGCCACGGGCAUGGCCAUGGACACAACCAUGGCCAUGGUAAAGACGCCCAUGGCCAUGGCCACGGACAUGGCCAUGGACACAACCAUGGCCAUGGUCAAGACGCCCAUGACCAUGAUCAUGAUAAUGAGGAAGAGGGUGACCACCACCCUGAGCCUAAGGAAGAUCCUCAUGGAUCGAGGAGACUGAACUAUGUCGGUGCUGCUACAGAGAGACCGAAUGAUAAGAAGAAGAAAAGGAGGAAUGUGAAUGUUCAGAGCGCCUACCUUCAUGCCAUUGGGGACUCGAUUCAGAGCGUCGGGGUGAUGAUCGGCGGUGCCAUCAUCUGGUUCAAGCCUGAACUGCGGAUCGCCGAUCUCAUCUGCACCCUCUUCUUCUCGCUUGUCGUUCUGGGGACGACGGUUCGGAUGCUGAGGAGCGUCCUGGAUGUGCUGAUGGAGAGCACGCCGAGGGAAGUGGACGCCAGGAGGCUGGAGAGGGAGAUCUGCGAAAUGGAGGAGGUGGUGGCCGUUCAUGAGCUCCAUGUUUGGGGCAUCACGGUGGGGAAGAUUCUCAUGUCUUGCCAUGUGAAGAUCAAACCAGACGCAGACGCAGACGCUGUCCUCAACAACGUGAUUGCUUACAUUCGGAAAGAACACAACAUCACCCAUGUGACCAUUCAGAUUGAGCGCUAGAAGACGACUAUGUCAUCGGCGCGGGCUGUUCCUGUUUGGCUUUUGUAUAUUGUGCAAAUCCACCUGCCUUCACAAACGCCCACAUUGCGAUACAUAUUUCUUCACCUUUAGCCGACGCUCUUGCUGGCUUUUCAUGACGCCGGAAUCGUGAAAUUUUAGAAUUAAUAUUCUCAUCUUUGAACGUAAUAAUAAUUGCAUCAAACAAAGAAUUUUGGUUCUAGAUUUACAUGUUCCCUAUUGAAUAACAUUCCCAAGCCAAAUA